CACGAAGGCUGAAGGCACAGAACAACAAUGACAACUAUAUAUGCUGCAGGUGGAGGAAAUCCAGUAAUAAAUGUUAGACGAUCAGAAUCUCGAGAUGCUCCUCAGAUAAUGAAACUAUUGACCCCAAGUACAACAGCCAUGUUUGGAAGAAUUAAUGUCAUCUAUCUGCUCGAAAGGGCAAAUCUAUCUGUGACUGUAGAAAAUGAGAAGAAUGAAGUUAUAGCUCAUGCCGCUUUCUUAGAUUAUCCAAAUAUUGAAGCUGUUGAACAAAACAACUGGGAACCCUGGUUACAUACGUAUGGUCCGAGUUCAAAAUGCACACCUUUGAACACCCUUUUUAUGCAUUUGCUUGUGGCAAAACCAGAGGUUGCAGUUGGUUGUGCUAAAGAAAUAGUCAGGACCGUCUUUGGUGCCAUCCGAGAACUGCACUUUAUAAUCCUUGCUGUUCGAAAGAAAGUUGCCCUAGAUCCUGCUGUAUCUGUCCUGUUUGCACCCAUGCCGCAGUAUAGGAGGGUGGACGGUGUGCACUAUUCGGCCUUCAUCUGUUAUAGAAAGGAUUAUGUUCCAGUGCUACAUAUUCGAAAGGCCAGGAUAGAGGAUCAUGAUGACGUCACUCCUAUCUUCAAUGAGCAGACUGACACACUGAGGUACGUUUAUGGUGAAUACUUCCUGGCAGAACUAAUAGAAGCUCAAGAUGAAACGACCCAUGCUGCUGUCUGUGAGGUAAACAAGGCUGCAGUGGGGUUCAUAAGUGUGUGCAGUGAAGUGAAUGUCGACCUAUUGAAUGAGUGCUUUGAUUUGCGUCCAUUUCAUGGUCUUCGUAAGGCUCCUGAUGACCAGCCAUCUCCAGCAGCACAGCAGCCAGAAGAGAAAACUACUUCAUCUUCAGACUCUAAAGACAAUGCACACAGAAAGAAAGAAGUGUCAGACAACGUUGAAAAUGCUGAAUUAUCAGCUGGUAAUGUUGAAGACCAAACAACUGAAGAAGCAGAGAGCAACAAAGCGAUCACUUCCAGUUCACAGGGAGGCAAACCCUCAAAUGCUUUUUGCAUACAGUUGUUCUGUAUCGAUGAGAAAUAUGAAACAAGGUCUCAGGACUUUUUGCCCUAUAUUUUUAAUCUUUAUCCAGACAAAGACUUCUGUGUUAUUACAGUACCUCAUCUGAUCCCAGAGUUCCCUUUGCUGAAGGAUUUUACCCGUGCCGUGCCCUACUGCAAGACGACAAUAUCUCAUGAGCUAUAUGUCACUCAUCGCAAAGGCUUGCUAAAAUCCUUUGUGGUACGACUUGCAACAAACAGUGACACUCCAGGAAUUAAAAGACUUGUCAAAACCCUUAAUCUGCAGCUCAGUAUUUUAAGCACCUUAAAUAUUUACAAUCAGUCCCGUAGAGAUUCAGAUGGAACUCCAAUUCAGGCAAUUGUUGCAGAAGUUCUGCAGGAAAUUGUGGGAAUUGCCAUCAUCAGGAAUGAAGAGAACAUUGAAUAUAUCCGUUCGCAUUAUGACAUUGAAAACUUUAUCUACUUCAACCAGCACCAACGUGAAGAACAUGGGCACCUCUAUCACUUUGUUUUAAACCCAAUUUUCCAUCAACAUACCAGACAUUUUCUCAAAGAAAUACUCCGGAUUACUUUUAAGUCAUGCCUGUAUUACCCUGUUUACCCAAAUUUAGUAGAUAAUAAGAGGAGCAAUCCACAUGCUCAUUCCCUGACAUCUGCCUUUAAUUACCUAGUUCCUGUGCAUCGGAGACGACAGAUUAUCUAUCCAUUGGAACAACUUGGCAUUAAUGCUCCAUCAAAGCGAGUCACCCAGGAAAAGCCAAAGUAUGCUUUAAACCACAUAAAUCGGAAGUUGACCCUGGAGCCAAAGGUGGCCAUCAAUGCAAGAAUUGUGGUGGUUGGUGCUUCAGACGCUGGGAUCUCCUUCCUAGAAACAUUGGUCUUCUGCCCACACCUGCGGUUUAAUAACAUUACUUUGAUUUCAACGUCUGGACUUCGUGGACAUCAAUCAAGCUCCAUACGUAGAAAAUUCAAAGCCUCAAGUUACUGCUACAGCCAUGAUGAUUAUGCACAAAUGUCAUUGCAGACUUGGGUUAAUGUGGUGACUGGCAAGAUGAUUGGUAUAAACAGAGCCGCAAAAUAUGUACUAGUGACAGGAGACACAAAGGUGCCAUAUGAGCAUCUAAUCCUUUGCACUGGACAACAGUAUCAGGUUCCUUGUCCCACAGGAGUAGAUAUAAGAGAAAUGCUGACUAAUGAGAAUGUGACAGUUAACCCUGACCAGCAAUUUAUGGGAAAUGUGCCCUCCAACCUUUUCAUCCUGAACAGUUAUGAUGAUUGUGAAAAUGCACUGCGUUGGCUCAGAAAGUAUAAGACACGUGCUAAAGGAAAUAUCAUUGUAUAUGGGAACACAAUUGACGCUUACAUCACAGUGAAUACCAUUGUGUCUUUUGGAAUUGAUGGCUCUUUCGUACAUCUGGUGAAACCACCUUUGAAUUCGAACAUCAGUUGUUUUAACAAUUCCGCGAUAGAAACUGCAGUAGAGGAAGCACUCAGGAAUGCUAAAGUUUCUGUGUAUUCUAACUGUCUGCUUGCUCAGUGGAAUGAUGGGAAUCUCCAUAAUCGUAUAAUCCAUUCAACUUUCACCACUGAUUCUCAACCAUUGAGUCUAAAAUGCUCAGCUUUCUUUAACUUUGACAAGAAAAAAGUGGAUCUUGAUGCAUUCAAAGCCAUCAAUAAGGCAUGCCUUGUCUUUGAUGGAAAAUUAGUAAUUGAUUCCACCUUCCAUACCAAUGAUAUAACAAUCAGAGCUGCAGGAUCGUUAACUAAAUAUUCCCGUCGUUACCAUGCUGACCAGUGGUCUCAUGCAAAUUUUAAUUCGAAAGAAGUUGGGUUUCAACUGGCUGCACUCAUGCUACAUCUGUUUGAUCCAACUCUGGAACAAGUGACUAAGCCACCAGCAGAGCUAGAUAAACUUCUUCCUACUUAUACUGGAAGUAAAGUCAAAGGAUGCGUCCUACCUGGAGGAUACCAUUACCUACAUAUUGCUAAGCCAGGGACCGUGUCCUGUCUGCACGUGCAGAAGUCACGACCUGAAUAUGGGCGUGAUAUAAUCACAGGAAGUGUUAAUACUGGGAACUACUUUGAAAUUCAUUUGAAUCAAUACAGCAUGGUAGAAUCCAUCAUUUGUCUAUCACUGACACCUUUACCAGUAUCCAACUAUAUAUGCUUAUAUGGACAGCAUGAGCGCCUCCUUAAUAAUUUGUGUUCUCGCUUUGAUGAGGGCCUGAUCUCAGACUUGUACAGCUAUCUGAAGGAGCCUUGGUGCCUGUGCAUAUAUCAUGAUCGUUUCAUGGACUUCAAGCAAGAAGUACGACAGAUAGUGGAAUCCAACAAGGCAAAUGUCGAUGAGCCCAUCGAAGAGCUGAUUCGUCAGAUAGCAGAUGGAGAGUUGCUGAUGCCGGAAAAUACAAAGACAUCUUUGGAACAGCAAUUUGGGAAGGACGGUUACCAGAAGUUGAUAGAAAGAAGCCUGCUGAACUACCUGAGUUACAACCGUUACCACCUCCCUAUGUUUUCAUGGCCCGGUAUUGUUUAG